AUGAGAUAUUAUUGCAGAAGAAAACUUGAGAGAUCCUUGCAAGCUGUUUUUUGUGACUGCUGUUCUUCACCAGGCACACCUCGCUGUGGGGCUUCACUUCAUGAGCUCAACAAAGCCCUUAGGAUUGAACUGAAUGCAAAUGCAAGCUGCACCUGGCAAAUUCAGAGGAAUGGAAACCAAACAAUUAGGCUCAUUUUCUCCUAUUUUAAAUUUGCUCCUUCUUCGAGCUGUGAAACAGAAAGCAUUAAAGUGUAUGAUGGUCCCUCGACUCAUUCACCUCUUCUUGGGCAAGUGUGUAACAACACUGAUGCAGUCCCAGUGCUUGAAUCAUCCUCAGGCAGUUUAACUUUCCUCAUAACAACAAACUCCGCCGAUUUCACACGAAACUUCUUUGCCUUCUACUACUUCUUUUCACCAGAAUCAAAGCCUGUGAAUUGUGGGGGACAAUUGACUGGUCCCAAUGGAACAUUUAGCAGCCCCAACUACCCAGCACCUUACCCUGCGUUCACAUACUGUGUCUGGCACAUACAAACACCAAAAAACUCCAGGAUAAACCUACAGUUCCUGGAUUUUUUCCUGGAACCAGACAAAAACUGCCAGCUGGACUUCACAGCAGUCUAUGAUGGCCUCACCACCACCACUGGCUUGAUAGGGAAAGUGUGUGGCCGUGCCCAGCCCACGUUUGAAUCUUCUUCCAAUGUGAUGACAGUUGUGUUGGUCACAGACUCUUCCAGCUCCUACAGAGGAUUCUCAGCUCAGUAUUCCAGUGUUCCACUGCCAGGUCCCGUGGAGCCCGACACAUUCCUGACAUGCUCUUCAGACAGCAUGAAAAUUGUCUUGAGCAAGUCUUACCUGGCCUCCUUUGGCUAUAAUGAAUCUCAACUGCAGCUGAUUGAUCCAUCUUGCAGACCAGUUGUGACAGAUUUGGUGGCCUUUUCCUUCCCAUUGACCAGCUGUGGAACAAUUAAAAAGGAGGAAGGUCACAGCAUCACUUACACCAACAUCAUCUCUCUCUCUUCAACUGGGAACAUCAUCACCCGUCAGAAGAACACAGAGAUUAUUGUGAAAUGCAAAAUGGAAAACAACUCAACUUUAGAAGUCUUUUACGUAACGAGAAAUAACGUCAUCCAAAACAUAACUGCCAUGGGGAGAUACAAUGUCAGCAUGGCCUUCUACAGCUCAGAUUCGUUCUCUGAGCCCAUUCAUCAGUCCCCAUACUAUGUAGACUUGAACCAAACUCUCUUUGCUCAAGUCAGUCUUCAAUCCACUGACCCAAACCUCGUGGUGUUUGUUGAUACCUGCACAGCAUCUCCACAACCUGAUUUUGGAUCGCCGACAUAUGACUUAAUCAGAAGUGGCUGCAAUAAAGAUGACACUGUGGUGACCUACCCGCCCCUUGAGCACCGUGGAAGGUUCAAAUUUAAUGCCUUCAGGUUCCUGAGGAGCUUCCCAUCGGUUUAUCUCCAGUGUGAUGUUGUCAUUUGUGACAGCAACAGCUCAGACUCUCGCUGCUCCAAAGGCUGUAUCUCCAGGCAAAAGAGAGCCAUUUCUCCUCACACGUGGAAAACUAACACUGCAGUGGGUCCCAUCCGCCUGAAGAGAGAUCUCAGGUCUGCUCAGCACUCAGAAUCCCUCACUAAAGCAGACACUGAAGAAACCCCAAGCCUGCAACAAUACAAUUUCUACGCUUUUGCACUUGUGGUUUUGGUUUCAAAUAUUCUCACUGUGGUAGUUGUGAUACUGAAACAUCACAAACACCAAGCAGGAUGCAGUUACCAAAAAAUCCAGAGCUCAUUUUAA